UAAUUUAUCGAGACGUUAAAUCUGGAGGAACCAAAUAAUCUUUUAUGAAGGUGACAAAUUUAGAUGAAGAAACCAUUUUACACGGAUCAAAUCAUAAACAAGAUUUUAUUGCAUUUACCCGUGAGUUCUCUCGUUCGAUUUCGAUCCGUUUGUAAAUCAUGGCGUUCUCUAAUCAACGAUCCAAUUUUCAUCGACACACAUUUGAAGAAAAUGGAAUUCGUUAGCAACCAUUUGCGCCUUUUCCAAAUUGUGUACCAAUUAUAUCCUAAUGAGGGGCUUCGAUCGUGGUGUUACGCGGGCGGCCCGUGUGAUGAGCUAAUUCACCCGGGCUUCCCCGUAACAAACACGAAACAAUGUACCUAUGAAUUAUUGGGUUCGUGUAACGGAUUAAUUUGUUAUAUCACUAAGUUCUUACACGGUAAAGAAGAAAUCAAUUUAUGGAAUCCGUCAAUGAGGAAAAAUAGGGUGUUGCCCCAUUCUAAGUUCUCUCCGGAACGUCAGAGGCACGCCCCUAAUUACGGGUUCGGUUUCGAUGGUCAUGGUGAUCACAAAUUGAUAAAAAUUACUUACAUCGACGAUAGAUUAAAAAACGAAAAGAAACAAUGGUCAGAAGUUGAGGUGUACAGUUUAAAACUCGAUUCCUGGAAAAAAAUCGGGGAUUGUUUUCCUUCACAGUACUAUUACGUCCGGGGGGACACGGUUUUCUUCAACGGGUGCAUCCAUUGGCUUACGCAGCGCGAAUACGGAAAAAUUAGACCGAGGAGAUUGCCGAUCGUUUCGUUCAACGUGGCGAACGAGGUGUUUCAGGAAUAUUGGCUCCCGAACCCUACAGAGCGGGAAGCGAAUUGUAUAAGCUCGUUGCAUGGAUCGUUAUCGGUUUGUGCAAAAUCAACUUCAUCGGUUGAUAAUAGUGUAUUGAAUAUCGAGGUAUGGUUAAUGAAAGAAUAUGGAAUAGAAGAAACGUGGACGAAGUUAUACGUGACAAGGAUGGAUGAAGAGUUGUCCGGGCCAAUAAUACCAUUGAGAGUGUUGGAUUAUGAUGCUGAGGCAAUUGUGUAUAUAAAUAAAAAUGUAUUUUUGUAUGAUCAUGAAAAUGAAGAAUUUGAGGAUUUUGGGAUUUGGGCAAAUGGAAUUGGAGUUCCAUAUGUGACAUCUUAUAUGGAGAGUUUAGUUUGGGUUGAACCAAUUAUAGUUGAAUCAACUACUCCAAUUGGACAAAAUGUGGCUACAAUUGCAAAUAUUGAAAUUGAGUCAAAUACAAAGCUAGUGAAUACAACUAGCAAAAAGGAUACUAAGCAAGAUGGUAAUUGUGUAAUCCUAUGAUACAAUUUCCUUAUUAUGUUGUCUUUUUUAUUUUAUUUUUAGGAUUAAUCUUAUUGUAA